CUAUUCAUCAUAGAUAUCUAAGGUUUUGAUUGAUAAAAUAAUGUAUAAAUAUUUUUCCAGGUAUCAAAAGUACAAAACUAUCUUCACAUAGAAAAUCUUUUAUCUGGAAACCUGUGAUAAAGACUCUAAGUCCAGUUUCAAAAAUGAUGGCCAGCCGUGCAUUAAAUCGUAGUAUAAAUCAAGCAACAAGAAAAAAGAUGCAGAAAAUCAACUCUUAUUGCAUGUUUUAUAACAGAUUUGGACGAUGCAAUAAAGGUAUUAAAUGCGCUUUUGUUCAUGAUCCAAGCAAGAUUGCUGUUUGCACCAGGUUUUUACGUGGGACUUGUAAGAGUGAGAAAUGCUUAUUUUCUCAUGAGAUUAAUCCUGGGAAAAUGGCUCUUUGUUCAUUUUUCUUACAAAAUGCGUGCACAAAAAAAGACUGUCCAUACCUGCAUGAGCAACUUUCCUCUGAUGCUGAAUUGUGCAAAGCCUUUGUUCAAGGCUACUGCCCUAAUGGAAAAACUUGCAAGAAGGCUCACAUUUUGAUUUGCACUAAAUUUUUACGAGGCCAAUGUGAUAAAGGCAAAGACUGUAUUUUCCCUCAUCCCGUGAAGAAAGAAAUAUUAAUAAACCCUAAAUCAUGUUCGGAAGAAAAAGAUGAAUUUCAAUUGGAAACUGUGCUCAGAUACUUUGAGUCAAACCCACAAGAGAGUUUAUCCUUAGUUGUCCCCAGCAGGGUUAAGUCUUUGCCUCAACAACAAGAUUUCAUUUCUCUUGAGAAAAGGUAACAUUUUGUUUUGACGAGAGAUGCUCACCUCACAAAAAAAAAGAAGCUAACAAGGAACUACAAAAAAAAUGCCACCUUAUUCUAUUUUUGAUGUGUCUACUAAUUAAUGUGUUUAUGCAGGAUAGUAAGUUAUAAUUGUUAAGAGAUUCAAAUGUAUUUUCAUAUUUAUUUAUUUACAGAUUUAUUACAUGUGCAGGUUUUCUUUUUAAUAAAGUGAUAUAUCAUUUGA